GGGAGACUAUAUCCUUAUUAAGUACAAUGGGGUCGACGAGGACUUGUAUCAUGAGACGCUGAUCACAGGGGUCAGCCCAGAGGAUCCUACUGAGGUCACCCUGUACACCGCCGACCAGGAUCACUAUCAGUUCAAUAUUGCGCCUGGGGAUGACAUCGAAGCGGUGUACUGGAUCGGGCUGCCAGGAGGUCGCCCCGCCCAUGUGCCAGAGAAUCAGAUCUAUCGUUUCCGACACAACGUGCCGCCCAAUGAGCGCCAGAGGCUCUUCGCCGAGGCGCAGGGCAUGUUGGGGGCAGCACCAGCACCUCCGCCCGCCCCGCUGGCGGCCCCGAUGCGGAACGUGCAGCGACAGGGCUUGGGCCGGCCCGCCGGGGCGGCCGCCAGACGCGCCGAGCCAGGCCGCGUGUGGGUCUUCGCCGAGGACCACGGCCGCCACCAGAAGGGCGACGGCAUGGAGGAACUCCCCGCGGGAUCAGUGGUCCUGGGCGAGAGGGCGGUCGCCCCCAUGGCGGACGGCAGCACGGCGUUCUUGCAGAUGAUCCCCCAGGACGGCAUCGAUGAGUUCAAGAUGGACGACCUCCGGGUGAUGCCCGUGAAGUUCGAUGGCAUGGGGAGGCGCAGGAGGCUCUUCCAGGAUGGCGUCGCCAGCUUCGUGCCCGACGAGCCCGAGGGAGGCUUAGGGCUGGAGGGUCCCGGCACAGUGGCCUGGAGGUGCCAGACCUAUGUCGAGAGGUCCCAGACGCCCGUGUCUCAUCAUGCGUCGUGGAGGGCGACAUCUGGAGUGUCGAGCGGGGACCGCAGCGUCUUCGAGCAUGAGGUGCUCUCCGAGCAACACGUGGCGACCGCCCUCCGCGAUGAGCACCAGGUGGCCAAGGAGCAGAGGAAGGCUCGUGAGGAGCGCCGCCUGGGCCGCCAGAAUCACAAGAACAACAAGGACAAGACCUCAGAGGGACAGGGGAGGAGGUUUUUGGACAGGGCUACCAACUCUGUCAUCAGUUCCUUGAAUGAGAUGCAGGGCUGCGCCGGGGUGCACGACGGUACCCCCGCGAUGGGCCAGAUGUUGUCUCAGGAUGCGAUACGCUGUGACGUCGCGUCCACUCCGCCAUCCCAGACCUUGUACACCAGACACGGGGCCGUCCGCGAGCUCUUGUCAGGCAUCGUUGACUAUGCAGGCAGCGAUUGCAGCACCACGGUUCGUCCCUAUCGGCGGGAUCAGGUUUCUCUUCCAGAUCCCGGGAGGCCCUCGGCGGAUCUACUGUCUACCCUCCCGGAGCCUGACCAGGAUUUGCUGAAGUCAUGGGAUACUCAUAUGCUUGCUGACCCUGCUGACGUGGGGUUCUAUCGAGAGUCGGGACAUCAGUUUAGGUUGUACUUCGACGAGAUUUUUAAGGCGCAGCGAGGAGUCUACGUUGAGUUUUUGAGAGACCUUAGCGAUGCCAAGAUGAUUGGAUGGACAGAGAAGCCUCUGAGCCUGGUGACCCCUUUCUUCGUAGUAAAGAAGCACGACAGGUUACGACUCAUCAUGGAUUGCCGAAACACGAACCUCCUCUUCCGAGCACCCCCUGCCCCUGAGAUGGGCACGGCUGCAGCUUGGGGCAACCUGGAGCGUCCCGAGGCUCGUCCUGGAACCGAGGUCGGCGGAGCUGACGACAGCGGAAGCGGCGGAAGCAAGCUCUGGGUAGCCCAGGCGGACGUGAAGGACUGUUUCCACUGCGUUCGCAACCUUCCAGAGCUGUGCCCGUAUUUUUGCAUGCCGCCGAUCACGGAGGGAGAGAGGGCCGACGCUGGUAUUGAUGGCCCUAGUGGCCUUGGGGAUCUGGCACGUGAAGUAUCGGUUUACCCUAUGCUGUUGACUCUUCCAAUGGGGUUCUCCUGGGCCUUCUAUUUCGUCCAGCGCCUCGUGGAACACCAGUGCAGAGUUUCCUUGGCUGGGGCUGGCUUGGCUUUCAAGUUCCUGAGAGACCAGGCCCCUGCUCCGGAUCUUGGGACCCAGCUGGCCGUUCUACCCUAUUGCGACAACAUCAAUGUGGCAGGCAUCAGGAGGGAGGAGGUGAAGGAGGCUAAGGAUGUGAUUGUUCGGAGGCUUCGUUUCGUGCAGUUCACUGUCCAUGAGGAGACCGAGCCCGAGACCCUGUCGUACUCGCUGGGUCGCGUUAUCGAUGGGGAGUCUUGGGUGGUUCGUAAUCGGUCUGAACGAGGGGAACGUCUUCGCAGGGUUUGUGAGGCUCUUGAGGGGGGUCAACCAGUGACGGGUAGGCAGAUGAAGCAGUACCUUGGCCACGUGGUCGAUUUCUUUCUGAUUAGACGGGAGGUCCUCUCGGUGCUCAGAGCCUGCUACGAUUUUGCGCAGGCGGCAGAGAAGAAGCCCCAGAGUUUGUGGGCUUCUGCAAGGCGCGAAGCCCUAGGGGAGGCUCCUGAGGACCUGGAGGUCAACCCAGGGUUCGACGAGAUCCCAGAGGCCUUCAUUGACCCCGACAAGUGGCACGAGGUGUUUGCUAUGCGUUUCAGGAAGGAGGAGGCUAUACCUAUUCUGGAAGGUCGGGCGUCUCUGUUGGGGAUACAGCAUUAUAUGAGGUCGUCUCGGUCUUUUGGUAAGCGUCUUCUACUCGUGGGGGACCAGCUGGGGAACACUCUUGCUAUUGGGCGUUCUCGGGCAUCAUCUUACGACCUGCUCAUCAUCAUCAGGCGUAUUGCUACCUACAUGUUGGCUACUGGCUCGAGUCUAUCUGCACGAUGGACCCCCUCCGAGCUCAAUGAGGGCAAGAAGACAGCUCUGGCGCGUCACGGGGAGGGCGUGACCUCACGGCUCCAGCGGCACCACCGGGGUUCCACCCCAGCGAGGUCUGCGGGCCCGACGCCGCUGCGCCUCCAACGCCAGGGAGCUGUGGAGCGCAUCUCGGGUCCCUCGAGAGACAUCCGUCGAGAGAGGCGCCAGAGCAUCUUCGGGGCUUUCGAGCGUCUUGCCCUGUCGGGCCAGCAUUCCAUUCUCGAACGUCACUCGAUUACGGCACCCACGGAGGGCCUGUACACAGCCUGGUGGGAGGAGCUCCAGGAUUUUGUGGCCAUGAACGGCUACACCUUGGACAGCGUGAGGAAUGCCGACAUUGCGCUGGUGGACUUCGCGGACUACUUGUUUCUCGAAGGGUUCGAGCGGCCCGACCUCAUGAAGAUGUACGCCGCGGCCGCCUGGCACCUGGCCAGCCUGUCCCCCAUCGGGAAGCUGCGUUUUCCGCGGUUCUCCCGUGCCGCUCGGGGGCUGGGCCUGCUGGCCCCAGCGCAGACCGUGCCGCCCGUCCCGUUCGAGCUGGUGUGCUGGGUCGCCUGGCACAUAUACCUCCGCCUCCAGGACUGGACCAUCCCGCUCUGCCUGCUGACCAUGUUCGUCUGCUACUUCAGGCCCGUGGACGUCCACAGCCUGAGGGAGGAGGACCUGGUACCGCCAGGAGGCUCGAGCACUCACUGGGUGCUCAACGUGCACCCGGCCCGCCGCGGGGAGACGUCAAAGGUGGGGGUGUCCGACGAGGCGCUGCUCCUCGACUCUCCGUACCUCCCAGGUCUGGGCCCCGCGCUGCAUCGGCGACUUCGAGGCCAUCGGCUGGCCAAGUUGUUCGAGGUCAGCGAGAGGGAGCUCAGCACGCAGUGGGGCCGCUCGCAGGAGCAGCUCGGGUUGCUUCCCUCCCAGCGGUAUCGCCUGUACCAGAUCCGCCACGCGGGGCCGUCCCACGACAUCCUCAUGGGGGUCCGCACGCUCCUCGACGUCAAGCGCCGAGGGAGGUGGAGCUCGGACGCGACCGUCAAGCGGUACGAGGCGGCGGGGCUGGUGCAGCAGGAGUGGGCCAAGCUGUCGACGGCGCAACAGGCCGCCGCGUCUCGCGCGGCCGAGUGGAUGCAGUCUCAGCCCGGGCGGGCGCGGCGCUGGAGGACACCGUGGCUCCUCCAAGAGCUGUGCUGCGGCACGCGCGGGAUCCUCGACAGCGCGGGCCGCCAAGGCAUCGGCGGCGUCGGCUGGGACGCGGAAAUCAGUUCAAAGGCCGACCUCUCGAGUGCGGCCGUCGUCAGGAGCAUCGCCCGCGACUUCCAAACGGGCAAGAACCGCUUCGGGCUGAGUGGGGUGUUCGCAGCUCUCUGGGUCGGUAUC